AUGUCUACAGAGUUGGAGCUUCCCUUCCGGCCGGACAACGAGCUGACGGAGAUGAUGCGCCUGCGGGUGCAGUCUCUGCAGCAGCGAGGACAGAGGAGACAGGACGGCGAACGUCUGCUGCGGCCCAACGAGGCCGUGUACCGGCUGGAUUUCCCAAAGCAGUCCCUCCGAUUCUCGCACUGGGCGGUGCAGCUGGCCCAGGCGGGACGCCUCACCAUCACGGCCACCUCACAGCUCUGGACGCCUGACCUCACCCACCUGAUGACACGCCAGCUGCUGGAGCCCGCCGGGGUUUUCUGGAGGGCGCCGGGUGAUGCCAGCGACGCGCCCGUUCAGUGCUACGAGGCUGACGCGCACGAGUUUGGCGAGAGGAUCGCUGAGCUGGCUAAGGUAAGGAAGGUGAUGUACUUCCUGUUUGCAUUUGCAGAAGGCUGCAGCCCUGAGACUGUCGACAGCUCCAUCAACUUCACAGUGGAUAGCUGA